AUGGAUGUUCCUCAGGGAUUACUAAAUCGGACGCUGACGGCGGCAGAACCUCCGUUCGAGAGCGUCCGCGGAUGCUGUAACUUCUCCUCUGCAGCUGCAUCCGUGAUUACAAACGAUGGCUUCGGGGCAUCUUUGCAAGACGAGCGGGAACAAUUCAUAAUGCGAGUUGUCCAGAUAGCUGUGCUGUGCGUCCUGUCUCUCACUGUCAUUUUCGGAAUCUUCUUUCUUGGUUGCAAUCUGCUGAUCAAGUCGGAAAGUAUGAUAAAUCUACUUGUGGAGGACAGGAGACCAUCCAAGGAAGCUGAAAUGAUCAUGAUUGCAUCUUGA